AUGUCUACUUACAAUGUUUCGUCUACAUCGUCAUAUAUGCAGGCGAUGCAGCCAAUGAUCGACGCUCUGAGUCGAUUGGAGCUGGAAGGUGACGAAUCUGCGAUUUCUUUGCCGAAUUUAGGCGAUGGGGAUGCCAAGUUGGACGUCUCUAAACAAGUGACUGAUUUACUUAAGCAGUUUGAAAAUACGGUUGAGAUCGAACUUGAGGAUGAAUCAAGCGACGAUUCGGCUGAAUCUGACCAUAAUAAUCUGUUAGACGAGAUACGGACCGAAUGCCAGAGGAUCAACCCAGAUAACAGCGACCACUUGAUGGAAAAUGUGAGAUCUAUAUUGGAGUCCGAGACUCCCACGCAAAUCGAGUCGGCUUUGUUUGAUCUUCUGGGGUUUGAGGAGUUUGAUCUGAUAUCCAAGCUGGUUUUAAACAAGGACUCGAUCUUGGAAGAGUACGCCAAACAGCAGAAACUGAGUCAACUAAUGAGCGAUGAACAAAUACGAAGACAAGCCAGUCAGAACCUGAAAGACAACAAGAACGUCAAGUUGGAAUGGGAGCAGACGAAACAGCAGUAUCCGCAUGUUUUCAGAGUCCAUGAUGCCGGAAACGUUGUUUCGUUUACUGGUAAAAAAUACAGUCUUCCAUUUGGCACUACUAGAAACUCAUAUGAGAAUUACGAAGAGAUCAUCAUACCUAAAUCCGAAAGAAAAGCAUCAAAGUUUAAAGAGAUAUUCAUUCCAGUCAAGACCUUGGAUUUCCUGUGUCAGGGAACAUUCAAGGGAUAUAAAACAUUGAAUCGCAUGCAAUCGCUAAUUUAUCCCGUUGCUUAUGAUACAAAUGAAAAUAUGUUGGUUUGUGCUCCAACAGGAGCAGGUAAAACCGACGUUGCGCUUUUGACUAUUCUUCAUACAAUCAAACAGUUUGUCACUGAAUCCGAGACCGAGGAUCGAGUACAAGCAGAUAUCGACUACGACGAGUUCAAAAUUGUCUAUGUUGCUCCGCUCAAGGCUCUUGCAGCCGAGAUUGUUGAAAAGUUCAGCAAGAAACUGGCCUGGCUCGGAAUCCAAGUUAGAGAACUUACUGGUGACAUGCAACUUACCAAGGCAGAGAUUAUGACUACACAGAUCAUAGUUACGACUCCUGAAAAAUGGGACGUUGUCACACGUAAAUCUAAUGGUGAUACAGAGUUGGUUGAAAAAGUCAAGCUACUCAUCAUUGACGAAGUUCAUCUGUUACAUGAAGAUAGAGGUUCUGUGAUCGAGACACUUGUUGCAAGAACUUUGAGACAGGUGGAGGCUUCUCAGUCGAUGAUCAGGGUGGUUGGACUUUCUGCCACAUUACCGAACUUUGUGGACGUUGCCGACUUCCUUGGUGUGAAUAGACAAGUGGGGAUGUUCUACUUUGACCAGUCGUUCCGUCCUGUUCCUUUGGAGCAGCAACUGAUUGGAGUGAGAGCUAAGGCCGGCUCGAUGCAGUCUCGAGACAAACUGGACAAAACAGUGUACAAAAAGUUGAUUGAGAUGUUGGAGCAAGGACACCAGGUGAUGAUAUUUGUCCAUUCUAGGAAGGAUACCGUGAACACUGCCAGAACUUUGUUCAAGAUGGCUGCAGAGAAUGACGACAGUUGGUUGUUUGACUGCUCAAGCGCUGAUAAGCACGGCUACUACGAGCGUGAAAUGAGCAAAAAUAAGAAUAAGGACAUGCGAGAGCUUUUCCAAAACGGAUUCGGAGCUCAUCAUGCUGGUAUGUUGCGCUCUGACAGAAACCUCACCGAAAAGAUGUUUCUUUCUGGGUCGAUCAGAGUUUUGUGUUGUACGGCCACGUUGGCAUGGGGUGUUAACUUGCCUGCUGCCGUGGUCAUUGUGAAAGGAACACAGGUGUACGACUCCAAAGCGGGAGGAUUUGUUGAUCUGGGUAUUUCCGACGUGAUCCAGAUCUUUGGUCGUGCUGGUAGACCUCAGUUCGAGAGUCAUGGAAUUGGUAUAUUGUGCACCACCAGCGACAAGCUGGACCAUUACAUUUCAUUGCUUCUUCAGCAGCAUCCUAUCGAGUCCAAGCUAUCUGCAAAGCUGGUGGAUAAUUUGAACGCCGAAAUUUCUCUUGGAACAGUCACCAACCUCGAGGAAGGUGUCCAAUGGCUAGGAUACACAUACAUGAAUGUCCGGAUGAAGCAGAAUCCAUUUGCGUAUGGAAUCGAUUGGAACGAAAUAGCCAAAGAUCCGUUGCUUGUUCAGAAACGUCGCGAUAUGAUUAUUGAAGCUGCCAGAAAGCUACACACUUUGCAGAUGAUCAUCUUUGACGAACGGUCUGGAGCGUUUAUUCCAAAAGAUCUUGGUCGGAUUGCUUCUGACUUCUAUCUUUUGAACGAGUCGGUGGAGAUUUUCAACCAGAUGACCACUCCAACAGCCACGGAAGCAGACGUUUUAAGUAUCAUUGCCAUGAGUUCCGAGUUUGACAACAUUAAAUUCCGUGAAGAGGAGUCCAAGGAGUUGGAACAAUUGAAGAAGGACAAACUGGCGUGCGAGAUCUCGGCGGAAAUGGCCUCUGCGCAAGGAAAGUCCAAUAUUCUUCUGCAGUCGUACAUUUCGCGUGCCACCAUCAAGGACUCGGCACUUAUUUCGGAUGCAAAUUAUGUUGCACAGAACGCCGUCAGAAUUUGUCGGGCAUUGUUCCUGAUUGGAAUGAACCGUCGGUGGGGAUUAUUUGCUCGAGUACUUUUAUCAAUCUGCAAGUCUAUUGAGAGACAGCUUUGGUCGUUUAAUCAUCCAAUGAGACAGUUUGAUCUACCACAGCAGAUCCAUCGCAAUAUUGAGGCACAUAGUCCUUCAAUAGAGACUUUGCGCGAUAUGAGUGCUGGAGAGCUGGGAGAUCUGGUUCACAACUCCAAAAUGGGGCCUAUUCUUUACAGAUUGAUUGGACGGUUCCCAUACUUGCUUGUUGAUACCGAAGUGUUCCCAAUCACCACAAACGUGAUGAGAGUUCACCUGACUAUCCACCCCGAUUUCACAUGGAACUUUGAGACACACGGAAACAUCCAGAUAUUCUGGCUGGUGGUUGAAGAGAGCGACGGUGCAUCCAUAUUGCAUUUUGAAAAGUUCCUGCUCAACAAGAGGCAGAUGAAUUCGCCUCAUGAAGUGGACUUUAUGAUUCCUUUAAGCGACCCAGCUCCUCCACAGAUCGUUGUUCGUGCGAUCAGCGAUAGUUGGAUUGGAGCAGAAACGGUGCAUGCGAUUUCGUUCCAGCAUCUUAUCAAGCCGCAUAACGAGACUGUGCAAACAAAACUUUUGCGGUUGCAGCCACUGCCAAUCACCGCUCUUCACAACCAGGAGAUUGAAAAUAUAUACGGAAGCAAGUUCCACUACUUCAAUCCAAUGCAGACGAUGACGUUCCAUACACUCUACAAUAACAACUCGAGUGUAUUUGUGGGAUCUCCAACGGGAUCUGGAAAAACUGUUGUUGCCGAGCUUGCAAUCUGGCAUGCAUUUAAAGAGUUUCCAGGAUCUAAAGUCGUGUAUAUUGCGCCUAUGAAAGCACUGGUUCGUGAAAGAGUGGACGACUGGAGAGCCCGGAUUUCUCAGAAUACAAGCCAUAAGGUUGUGGAGAUGACCGGUGACUCUCUCCCAGAGGCACGUGAAGUGCGAGACGCAGAUAUCAUCAUCACCACUCCGGAGAAGUUUGACGGUAUUUCGCGUAACUGGCAAACAAGAAAGUUUGUUCAAGACGUUUCGUUGGUGAUUAUGGACGAGAUUCAUUUGCUUGCCAGUGACAGAGGUCCAAUUCUGGAAAUCAUAGUGAGCAGAUUGAACUUUAUCUCUUCUUUCACCAAACGUCCGGUCAGACUGUUGGGACUGUCUACUGCUGUUUCCAAUGCCAUGGACAUGGCCGGAUGGCUGGGUGUGAGAGAAGGUUUGUUCAACUUCCCGCCAAGUGUUCGUCCUGUUCCGUUACAAAUGUACAUUGACGGGUUCCCCGACAAUCUUGCGUUCUGUCCAUUAAUGAAGACCAUGAACAAGCCUGCGUUUAUGGCCAUCAAACAGCACUCGCCUACAAAACCUGUGUUGAUCUUCGUUGCUUCCAGAAGGCAGACACGGUUGACAUCGCUGGACCUGAUCCAUCUUUGUGGAAUGGAGGAAAAUCCAAGAAGAUUUUUGAAGAUUGAUGACGAGGAAUUGCAGAGUAUUCUGGUGAAAGUGAAAGAUGAAACGUUGAAACUCUCGUUGCAAUUUGGAAUUGGGCUGCAUCACGCCGGUUUGGUUGAAAGCGACCGUCAAAUAUCGCACAAAUUGUUCGAACAGAGCAAGAUCCAAAUUCUGGUUGCAACGUCCACACUGGCCUGGGGAGUCAAUCUGCCAGCAUACCUGGUCAUCAUCAAAGGUACGCAGUUUUUUGAUGCUAAAAUUGAGGCAUACAGAGACAUGGACUUGACAGAUAUUCUGCAAAUGAUGGGAAGAGCAGGACGUCCCGCGUUUGAUACCAGCGGUGUAGCCAUAGUGUACACCAAGGAGUCCAAGAAGCAGUUCUACAAGCAUUUUUUGAACGUUGGAUUCCCUGUGGAAUCUUCGCUGCACAAAGUCCUGGAUAACCAUUUGGGAGCCGAGAUAGCUGCCGGUACGAUUAAGACCAGACAGGAGGCCGUUGAGUUCCUAACAUGGACAUUCUUGUACCGGAGAGCACACCACAAUCCAACUUACUAUGGUAUUGAGGAUAACACCACCGAGGGAAUUAACAAGUUCCUAAGUGGACUCAUUGAUAAAUCCAUCGACAACCUGAAAGAAUCCAAAUGUGUGAUUUCUCACUCUGACAAGCUGAAGUCGACGCCGUUCCUGCAAAUAGCUUCGUACUACUAUCUUUCGCACAAGACUCUGCGGAACCUGCUGAACUCAGUGCGUCCGCGUGCUAGUUUCCGGCAGUGUCUGAGAUGGCUUGCCGAGGCUACCGAAUACGACGAGCUACCAACCAGACACGGAGAAGAGCUGAUCAACAUGGAGAUGUCUCAGCAGAUGAGAUACCCUGCAGAUGACUUGGAGAAUGCCGAGUUUAUCUGGGAUCCUCAUAUCAAGACGUUCUUGCUGCUCCAGGCGUACUUUUCGAGAAUCGAGCUUCCAAUCGCAGACUACUCGCAAGACACGGUUUCUGUUCUGGACCAGAGUUUGCGUAUCUUGCAAGCGUACAUUGAUGCCACCUCGGAGCUGGGGUACCUAUCGACUGUUCUGACGUUGAUCAAGCUGAUGCAGUGUGUGAAGCAAGGGUGUUGGUUCGACGACGACUUUGUGAACACAUUGCCUGGGGUUCGGACGAGCGAAUGGGAAAAAACCGACAACGACGGCGAGUUUGAAGGGAUCAAGACGGACCACGGACUGCAGAGAGUUGGCGAGAUGGGAGAGGACCAGCUGGCCAAGCUUUGCAACCAGCUACAUGUGAGACAGAAGGAGCAGUUCAAGAAGGUGGCACGCACACUGCCUGUUGGGCAGUUCAAAGCCCAUCGGAGCGGGAAAGAGAUUGAUAUUGAGCUAGUUCACAAGAACCCGUCCUACCAGCGGGACUUCAAGGUGUACUGUCCGCGGUUCUCGAAGCCGCAGAGAGAGACCUGGUUUGCUAUAGCAUACAAUUUGGAGGAAGACCGGAUAUACGCGAUCAAACGUCUUUCGCCAAGGCGGGUCGGCAAGGUCGACAAGGUGCAAGGCACAUUGACAGUAAACGCAGACUGCGCGCUAAGUGUGGCUCUUGUUUCUGAUUUCACAAAUAUCCAAUAUUUGGUGCCUGUAUAA